AUGGACCACACCACCACCGCCGCGGUUGACGGCGGCGACGGUGCCGCCGAAGGUUUAAUGAAUAUGACGAACGCAGCCUCGCCGAAAUCAGCCUCGCAGCACGAGCACCAUCUCGUCUACCAUCGCCAGCAACCACUACCACCACCGUUUCCCCACCGACGCACCUCGUCCGGCGCAAAUUUCCUCUCCAAGCUUCCCUUCAUGCGCUCCCACUCAGAUGGGAAGCAGCAGCAACCUCACGAGGCCAUCGAAGACGCAUCGCGCUCCCCGCCGACAUCGAUGUCGACCAUUACGCAGCAGCAGCAGCAACAGCAGCAAAAAUCGCGACGGAGAAAGGGCUCUCUUAGAAAGGUGGCCUUGCUGGGGAGGGGCGCGCAAAGGGAGCGCAAAGAAGCGAGGCAGCUCACCAUUGACACAUCACACACCGUCUCCCGCGUUAUGGAUGGCGCCUUCGCCCGAUCGCACACGACUCCCGAGCAUGACCCGCUCGGGCUUAACAUCUCGGACCUGACACCGCGGCCUUCGAUGGAGGGGUAUGCUAGCAGAUCGAGCGUCGCGGAAUCCUCUCUACCAACGUCGACGAGUCUGCCGCAACCUACCGAUACAGAAUCGGUCAUCACAAGCCCCACGAUAUCCUACACCUCCACGACAGACGAAGACGACGUAUUGCACAUACCAAACCACAUCCCAUCACCGUUGCGUCCAGACUUAUCUCUGUCGUCGGGGUCUGAUUCAUACUUCGGGAACCGCUCAAGGCGGCGGUCUCUGCUGCAAGCCAAGUCACCGCUCUCGUACAGCGGGCUCUCUACGACCCCGUUACCGCCUAAUGACGCUGAAUGGGACUACUCGGAAACGGAGUGGUGGGGCUGGGUCGUUCUGAUCGUAACGUGGAUCGUCUUCGUCGUGGGUAUGGGCUCGGUUCUGGGAAUUUGGAGCUGGGCAUGGGACGUCGGGACGACGCCGUACGCCCCCCCGGAGCUUGAGGACGAUCCGACGCUGCCCAUCGUGGGGUACUACCCGGCUCUCAUCAUCCUCACCUGUAUCAUGGCCUGGGUGUGGGUUAUCGUGGCAUGGGUGGGCAUGAAGUACUUCCGCCAUGCUAAGAUCAGUGGGGAGUGA